AUGUCGUUUCCUCCGGCGAAGCCUGCACUUGCGCCCUCCGCAAAGCAGCCCACCAGUAAAGAGACUUUCGGCAACCUCGGCCCCUGGGCUGAGCCAUCUUGGUACUCCUCACUCGCAUCGCCCUAUUAUAACGAAUCCCACAAGCGCUUACGCAACGCGUUGCGCUCAUACAUUGACAAAAAUGUCAAGCCAUAUAUGCUAGAGUGGGAGGAGAAAGGCGAGGCGCCAGUAGAGGAGCGUAAGAAAUGGGCUCGUACAGGCUUUGCAUUUGGCGAAGUGCCUGAGCCGUACAGACCUAAAGAUGUACCUGGUCCUGCUGGCAUACCAGUCGGAGAAAUGGACAUAUUCCAUCUCUUGGUGUCGACGGAUGAGAGCAGCCGCAUCGAAGGUGGUGUUGGUACUGCACUUGGCGGCGCAAGCGUGAUCGGUCUGCCGCCUAUUGUGCAUCAUGGCACAGAGGCGCAGAAGCGCAUGUGGUUACCAGGGCUGUUUAGCUGGGAGACAAGCUUCUGUCUGGGUAUCACGGAGCCGAGCGGUGGUUCCGACGUUGCGAACCUACAAACGACCGCGAAGAAGACACCAGAUGGCAAGCACUACGUCGUGAACGGCUAUAAGAAGUGGAUCACCGGCAUGCCUAUCGCUACGCACAUGACAACCGCAGUGCGAACAGGUGGACCAGGGAUGGGCGGCAUCUCUGUCCUCGUCAUUCCCGUCGACUCGAAGGGCUUCACAUGGCGACGCAUACCAAACAGCGGACAGAAUGGAGGCGGUGCCAGUUUUGUCGAGAUGGAUGACGUCCACGUCUCGGUCGAAAACCUCCUCGGCAAGGAGAACGAAGGCUUCCGGAUCAUCAUGACCAACUUCAACAAAGAGCGAUUCAUCAUGUCAGUUGGCUGCAACCGAAAGGCUCGCACAUGUCUAUCUGAGUCGUUCGAAUACGCGAACAAGCGCCAUACGUUUGGGAAGCCAUUGAUCUCGAAUCAAAUAAUCAGCCACAAGCUUGCUACAAUUGGCCGGUAUGUGGAGAGCCAUUGGGCCUGGCUUGAGCAGCUAGCAUACCACAUUCAGCAAUCUCCAUUGGGCUGGCAAGACCCGGAAAUCGCUGGGCAGAUUGCGCUGGCCAAGGUCCAUGGUGGGCGAAUUCUGGAGAUGGCAAAUCGUGAGGCACAACAGAUUUUUGGUGGAGCCGGGUAUCAGAAGGGUGGCCCUGGCGCUAUCGUUGAGCAGAUGAGUCGCGAUCUGAGGAUGAUGGUUGUUGGAGGUGGCAGCGAAGAAAUUAUUGCAGACCUGGCUGUUCGACAAGAGACUGCACUAGCUAAGAGGAGAGGCUGGAAGUUGUGA